ACCUGUGCAUUGUGUUUUGUUUUAAAAAUAUUUUUUUUCUUGAUUUCAGAGAGGAAGGGAGAGAGAGAGAAACACCAAUGAUGAGAGGAUCAUUGAUUGGCUGCCUCUUGCACGCCCCCCACUGGGGAUCGAGUCUGCAACCUGGGCAUGUGCCCUGACCGGGAAUCAAACCGUGACCUGGUUCAUAGGUGGAUGCUCAGCCACAGAGCCACACCAGCUGGGCUCUGUGUUUUGAUCUCCCUGUUCUCAUUCAUGUUUAAAGACAACAGCAACGGGUGGAAGUGACUGGAGGCAAAGAAAUGUUGACGAGUAUUUCCACCCGAGUGGGAAGAAGUUCCGCAGCAAGCCACAGCUGGCACGGUACCUGGGCGGCUCCAUGGACCUGGGGGCCUUCGACUUCCGGACGGGCAAGAUGCUGAUGAGCAAGAUGAACAAGAGCCGGCAACGGGUGCGCUAUGACUCCUCCAACCAGGUCAAGGGCAAACCUGAUCUGAACACAGCCCUCCCUGUCAGGCAGACAGCAUCCAUCUUCAAGCAGCCAGUGACCAAGAUCACCAACCAUCCCAGCAACAAGGUGAAGAGUGACCCCCAGAAGGCUGUGGAGCAGCCCCGGCAGCUCUUCUGGGAGAAGAAGCUGAGUGGCCUGAACGCCUUUGAUAUUGCUGAAGAGCUUGUGAAGACCAUGGACCUCCCCAAAGGUCUGCAAGGCGUGGGACCCGGCUGCACAGAUGAGACCCUGCUCUCGGCCAUCGCCAGCGCCUUGCACACCAGCACCAUGCCCAUCACUGGCCAGCUCUCAGCUGCCGUGGAGAAGAACCCUGGAGUAUGGCUCAACACGGCCCAGCCCCUCUGCAAGGCUUUCAUGGUGACCGAUGAGGACAUCAGCACUCCAUGUGUCUCCAGGAAGCAGGAGGAACUGGUACAGCAGGUUCGCAAACGGCUGGAAGAGGCGCUGAUGGCUGACAUGCUGGCCCAUGUGGAGGAGCUGGCCCGGGAUGGUGAGGCGCCGUUGGACAAGCCAGGUGCGGAAGAGGAGGUAGAAGAUGAAGAGGAUGAGGAGGAGGAGCCUGACCAAGACCAGGAAAUGGAGCACAUGUAGAGCAGGUGUAGGUGGACCCCAGGCUACAGCAUGUGCUUGGGUAGUGACCACAGGGGGAAGAGACAAUCCAAGAGCUCUUGGACCUGUUCCACGCUGGGUAUCGGCUGUGCUAGGAGAGCACCUGUCUCCCUGGAGGAGCCCAGGGUGGCCUGGCCCUCCCUGUCCUUCCAGAGCCAUGCCUGUGUGGGGCACUUACAGACUCAGCCCUUGCCCUAAUGGGACCAGGCUUGGGGGGAAGGUGGCCCUCCUCCCCAGGCAUGUCCACUCCCCUGGCCACUAGGACACCUAGGGUCAUGGCUGGAGGAUGGUCCCCGGCCCUGCAAACCCCCACGUUUGCUCUUCUUUGAAGGGCCAGACUUCUGAAAGUGCUGGUUGCUCCUAGGCCCUGCCUGCAGGGAUAUGGCUCCUGGAUGCAACUGGGCCUCUGGACUCACUGUCGCCAUCCUGAGCUCAGAAAAGGGUUUUUGAAACAGGCUUACCUCCCGAUCUUGAGUGUGAGGGACAAUCCUCUGGGCCAGACUGUCAGCCCUCCCAGAAAGGGUUGCAGGGUGGUUCCCCGAGUGCCCAUCCAGCUGAGCAAGGCCGUGACACUCAAGAGUGUCUGAAAGAAAGCGGCACAGCCCGGACGUUUUCCUUCAAUAAACCGGUGGUACAAACGAG